UAUGUAUAUAUAUAUAGGUGGUUGUUCAUAUCAUUCUAUUGUAUACAAACAUAUAAAAAGUACCAGUUUAUAUUACCAUGAAGCCGGGACGAUACGAACUUGGGACUGAGUACGGUAUUUCCAGUUGGAAACUCCAAGAACCACCAUCGAGUGCUUCGCUACAGGAGAACCAAUUCAGUAGUGCUUCAGCGAAUGGUAUGAGCAUCUGACAGUAUAUGCUCUUUCACAUCUAUAAUAUUCCAGCCUAAUUACGCGGGAAUAACUUCCGGACAAAUGUAUUCGUCCAUGGGAGCACCUCCUAAAUUUGCUUUGCGGUCCGAUCCUCAAUCUCCUCCGUUGAAGCCACUUGGUGUUGUGGAUAUGAAUAUUCCUCGUGCCCUUUCAAGGAAGAACUAUAACCAGAAUCAACAACAACUGUACUUCACGAAGAAUAAUAAUUCACAGCCGUGGCCCCGUGGCACUGGUGCUUCUCACGGACGAAUCGAUAAGAAGAAACGGUCGACGUGGGGCAUCACCAUCAGCUCCGCUUCACCAAAGUGCGUGGACCUAUGUGGCAAUAGCCAUGAACCUUACCAGUGCCCGAAGACAAAAUUGGCUAAAAAAUCUUCCCAACGAGUUUCAAAGGCAAGUAGUAAGCCUCGCAUAAAUUUAGUUGGUCUGAGCUUUCUAGAGUCAGAUAAUACAUACUCAAGAUCGAUGAGCACAGACUUCACUGUGGGUAGUCUCACGCGCACGGUAUCCGAAGCAAGUAUCUUCCCGAACGCCCCAGAUGUAUGCAUGCCGCUGAUGUUCGAUUCUGGAACUCCAAGGAACGACCUCUCGGGUACUCUCGAGUUUGGCAUAUUCGAUGGCUUAGAAGACUCUAGCCCGUCUCCGUCAAGCGGACUAGGCAUGCAUGAUAGUGGCAGCCCUUUCCUAAGCAGCAUGUCUCUUUUCAAUUUAAGUCUAGCCGAAGAGGAGACUACUGAUUGCUUCCACUCCGAGCAUCCAACCGGAUUCACCUUGCAAGACGAUUUACACGAAGAUAUACAAGAGGAUCUUGUACAUGUUUUCGUCAGUGCAAGAUCUUCUAGCGGUGCUGACCACGACGAUGAUUAUUUCCUGAGUGAGGAUUUCAGUGAGGACUUCUUAAGUUAGUCAGGGAUCUACUCCCACCUUUUAAUUGCUGCUGAACACGGCAAAAAUUGCUGCUUUUCGAGGCGCAAACCUUUAUUUAGUAUAUGCGGAAACCAAUUACUAUAUCCGCAAUCCAACCAACACUAUGUACCUUUCACCAAGGGAAUUGUAAUUAUUUACACUGGACGUUCUUCCAUCAGUGCUGGAGGCUCUGCAGCCCAUUUACACCGGCUUCCUGGACCCCCUUCAGAAAUAUGCUGGCCGUUUCAGGCUAGGCUCGUUCCAAUGAUAACACAGUAUUUAGCAUCCUCGAACGUUUCAAACAUGUAGACAGCGAGGCCCGAUAUAUAAUAAUAAAAAAAUUCA